AACGCAGCUAUUGAGCACUUGUGGAUCCGCAACAGUUAAGUCUGCUGAACGCGGCCAUUUAUGCUGCUUUUUAGCGUCUCAUGAAAUGGCACCUUUAUUAAAGUGUUUCUAGCUGCAAGCGAGCGCGAGUUUGCAAGUUGCAACACUGCUCUAUCAUAUAUGUGCAUAUAUGAUCUUCAUUUAAACGAGUAGACCAUAACCUGAAAAAACAUCUGUCGCCGAACGUCGACGUCACCUCUGAUGAACUCUGGUCACUUCUGUGACCCGCGUACUAUCUACACGUCAUUAUUCCGCAAUCAUUGACUGUAAUUGAAGAUUAAUAGUAACGCGAUAUUAUAAGCACAAAAACGGCAUUGUAGAGACUACGUAAAAUGUCAGAUGUGAGAGACUGGUUCAAUUCUCUACCUAUAUUUACGAGAUAUUGGUUAUUGUGUACCGCGGUUCUGACAUUACUCGGCAGAUUUGGAUUUCUGAGCCCGCUUUCGUUGGUGUUGUGGCCCGACCGAUUUCUGCAUAAUUUUGAAAUCUGGCGGGCGGUGACAAGCGUCUUUUACUAUCCUCUCAACCAAAGCACCGGCUUUCAUUUCCUGAUCAAUUGCUAUUUCUUGUACAAUUAUUCAUUAAGGUUAGAGCGUGGAGAGUAUGAUGGAAAGCCCGCGGAUUAUUGCUUCCUUCUGUUGUUUAAUUGGAUAUGCUGCGUUAUCAUUGGACUUAUUGGCGAUUUCUCCCUGCUUAUGGACCCCAUGGUGCUCAGUGUGUUAUACGUGUGGUGUCAGCUAAAUAAAGAUGCUAUUGUAAACUUCUGGUUUGGUACACAAUUCAAAGCCAUGUAUCUGCCAUGGGUCCUAUUUGGAUUUAAUCUGAUUAUUUCUGGUGGCGGAAUGAUGGAAUUGUUUGGGAUUCUAGUAGGACAUCUGUAUGUCUUCUUGAAAUUCAAGUAUCCCCAGGAGCUUGGUGGUCCAGAAUUACUCAAUACUCCUAGGUUACUUGAAAGUUAUUUUCCACCUCAAAGAAGUGGAAUUCGAUCGUUUGGGAAUGUACCUGCACCUAGACCUACGGGGGAACAGAAUCAAGGAAGAAAUAUAUUUGGAGGGCAUAAUUGGGGAAGAGGUCACGUAUUGGGACAAUAAUUGAAAGA